UCGUUUACACUGCGAAAGUAGGCUCGCGCUCGACCGUGUUAGUUCUCGACAGUGCUCUGACGUUAGACGUGCGUUGCCGACAUCUUAUUACAGUCGUAUUAACUUUCUAAAUACGAUAAACCGAAUUUUGAAAAUAAACGGUUUCAUCUUUAAAACCGGGUGCUUUUAUUUUCAAUUCGAUACGCCUUUGCUGUUUCAAGAAUAGAUGAAAUAUUCUACAAUGACUCAGCCGGAGGAACAUCAACAGGAGACAGUUACAGUUUCUCCUAUGGAAAGGCUUAUGGCUCAUGUGCUGUCGCACAAAAUCGAAAUGACGAUUUUGUUCACGAGGCUUCUCACCAUCAUGUUCACCAUCCUCUACUUCAUUCCUAUUUUCGGAAAUCUUUACAGCUCAUACAACAAAGCGUUAAUCGCAAAUGCUGCAACAAGUGCUUUACGGUUACACCAGAGACAUCCACGUAUAACCUAUUCUGUCGAUUUCUUUAAAGCGGUUCUACGAGAGGAUAGUUGUCAUUAUUUCGCUUAUUCUAUGAUCUUCUUGUAUGUGGCACCUUUUACAUUGGCAUUGUUACCGGUAUUUUUGUUUGCACUAAUCCAGUGUGCAAGCUACUCACUGAUCUUGCUGGAUAUAUUGGGACAGAACUCUUGGUGUGGAAUGAGACUGUUAAUCUCAUUUGUAGAGCUUCAGUCAUCAAACAUUUUGAACUUGAUCGCCUGCGUGGAAAUCAUUUUAUUGCCGUUCUGCAUCAUUUUGAUUCUUUUGGGAAGAGCAGGAUUACUGACGUCUAUUGUUUACUAUAGAUUCUUGUUAAUGAGAUGCAAGUCACAAAGAAACGCGACAACAAGGAAUCUGUUCACUUAUUUCCUUGUUUCCCUGGCCAAUGUCGCCAACAGGCCUGCAACAUCUGAUUUCGUGAGAAUGAUCAUAAAUUUCUUCAUCAGAUUCCUUUCAAGGCUGUUUCCCAUUGCCGUGCAAUAAGACGGCUAAAAUUCGAUAUAUUUUAUAUCGUGUUUGAACGGUGUAUACAAUUACGACUGUUCCAACAUUGUUAAAUUGAGUGUUAAGAAACUGAAAUAUUUCACCCUUCAUAAAGUUUACCAUUUUUCCAAAUUCCAUGUGUUUUUUUUCUUCUAAUAAAGUUAUGAAAAGUUAUUUACUGGAAUUGAUAUCUUGAUGAAAUUUUAACUGCGCGUUAAAAUCAGAUAUGAAGUCUAUUAAAAUCUCAUAAUAAUGACAUUUAUGGACAAAAAUACAGUUCUCAAGCUUGUUUUUUUUUAAAAACAUUGUAUGUAUAUUGGGUUUUUUCUUCUAAAUUCUUUUCAGUUUUUAAACUACUUCUUCAAUUAUAUAAAAAGUUAGAUCAAAUUAGUUAAAUUCUAUGACCAAAUUUAUUGCAAGAGGAAACAACGAAUAUUGCAGUUCUUAAUAAUCACUUUUGCACAUUAUUAUCACCACGAUUUGUGUUCGUGUUUAUAAGACAGUACACAUAUUGCACAUUAUUUUUAAAAUUUAAAUCCAUAAUUUUAGAGAAAAAAAUCUAAAAAAAAGCACAUCAAGACAAUCAAUUACCAGUUAAAAACAAUAGAUAACUUUUGUUUAAAAAUAAAUUAUAAUUCAACUUUGUUGUUUAAAAUGUAGUUUGAUAUUUCAGUUAUUAACUGGCAUUUUUUUUUUGUUUGUUCAAAUAUUCGUUGAUAUUAGUUACAAAAUAAAAUUAAAAAAAAAAUUGUCAUAAAGAUGGCAAUUUCAUUCCUUAAGUGUUGUUUUAUUAGGGGUUGAAGCACAGCUUUUCUAUGGCAUGUUUACUUAUUGCAGUAUUAAAAACACAGCAAUAGUGAUUGAUAAUAAACCAUAUGCAUUUUUGUGCUCCUUGUAAAAGAUAUAUUGUGUAUUGUUACAAGUAAUGUUGAAAGGUGGUUUUUUUAGGUUGAUUUUCAUGAGAUUUCGGUCAGUAUUAUAGAUAAAAAAAAUAGUUUUUUGGGGAUUAUUUGUGUUAUAACUUUUGAACGCAUUUUUACCUUACCAUUACUUUGAAAAUUGUUACAGGUACAAAAAAGACAUUUUAAAAUUCAUUUUAACUGAAAUUGUCUAUUUGUAGAUAAGAAAAAAAUUAUAGUUAAUAAUUAAACAGCCUUUUAAGGCCACCGAUAAUAUUUUACUAUUUCAAACUCCAGUGAUAAUUAUUACAAUUGUGAUAUAUGUCAGGAACAACACCGUGUUUAUUUGUGUGUUUCCGGUAAAAUUAAAAAACCUGUAGGACAACCAUUAAAUUUUUUAAAAAUUAUUUUCUAGCUUUAACUAAAUUGAAUAUUGACAUUACUAGUUUUGUACAGACAGGCAAGAUAUUUUCUGUUGUGUCAUGAAUGUUUGUUCUUUUUUUAUAUAUUACAAAAUAAUAAAAUAGAUUGUUUUAAUAUAAAACUAUUAAAUUUUUUAAUUUCUGUAUUUUAGAUUUAAAUUACUUUAGUUCAUUUCAAUGGUAUUUUUCCAAUUGUCCACCUUGUAGCAUUUACGCUGCCCACAAUGAGAUCGAGAAAGUAUGGGUUAUAAAGUGUUGUAGAAAAAAACUCAGCAAAAGUCUUACCUAACUAAUAGAGAUUAUUGGUCACAAUUGGUAUAUCCACAAUUGUGAGUAUACGAUGCAUUAUGUAAGAAAUUUAAAUGCAUUUUUUAAUAAUUCAUUCAGAAACAAUUCAAAAACUCCUAUCCCUCAAUUUUUCUUCUUAAUUAUCUUUCUCUCGAAGGUUGGAGAUGCAAGCUUGUUGGUCACAGCCCUGAAAAUGUAUACAGCUGUAUUUCCCUGGGCUUGCCCAUUCUGUGAAGCACUUCUUCAUUUUUUACCCUCUUGAUCCACGGUAUGCCUUGAGCUUCUCGUUUCUUGUAUCAAACGUCCGUCUUUCACAUAUAACAGGACCGAGAGUACGUAGCAUCUUAUCCUCGUCAUUGUCUACUCUAAACCAAGUGUAGAAUGAAUAAAAAGGUGUUUUAUUUGAAAGAAAGCAGAUCUAGCCAUUUCGGGCCUUUAUCUUCUUUUUAGGGCUGCACUGCUCAUUAACCCGGGCACCAAGGUAUCAUCACUUGUUCUACAUUCACAAUUAUCUCCUUAGUCUUGGAGACAUUCAAGAUUAUGCCGUUGGUUUCACUGUGCACAAUUGAGUUCAACGUUCAUUGCAGGUCAUUGUCAACACUACUGUGUCGUUCGCAUACUGCAUGUUAUUCAGUCCCAUUGAUCCAGAUACCCUUUGUGUGGAAAUCGGAGGUUUUUUUUUUUAAAUAUAGCUUUCGAGUGUAGGGUAAAAAUCAAGAGUGAUAAAAUGCAGCCUUGUUUCAUUCCCUUCUCAAUUAUCAUGGUCUCUGAGGUAGCUUGCGCGACAGAACUUCAGCAUUCUGACUCUGAUAUUAGCUGAAGCUCCUCGCUUUCUGGUGGUUCUUAAAUUUCAAUUAGUUUGUGAUGCUUCAAAUUUCAUCUUCGCAAUAAAACAUUUAAGGAGAAAAGAGCCUUAUGUGUACAUACACCGUUAUGAAAUACAAACUGUAAGUCAAACAGCAAGAAGAAAAAUGUCAUGUACUCUCAUACUGUAGUACACUCAUCGUAGUGCGAUGAACUGGGUUUCAUCAGUGAGGAAUUUCAUCCAGUCAGCAGGUAGUUGCAUCCAUUGCUACUCAAGACAAAUCAAUCUAGUCUGAGAUUUAAAAAAAAAAAUCAUGAUUCCAAAACAGCUAUAAUUUUCCUUAUCACCAUUUCCAACAUAGUUCUUAGACUUACUGCCCAGUCCCCAGUCCAGUGGAAAUUGUCAAUUACAAAACCCGUCCCCAAACCACAAAAAUCUCACUACGGCAGGGGCAUGAACUAUGAGCACAUCGUCCCAAGAGUGCAACAAUAAUACAAAUAACACGUACUGUCAACCAGGCAGCUAAAAAAACUCAAAAUUAGUCUGGAACAGCCUGAAUGCCCUAAAAAUUAAUAUCUAUUCACAAAUAGCCUAAUGGGUCUCACGUCUUGAGGUAAAUUUGAGGCAGCAGACCUAGCUAAAAAGGAACCUCAGCAUCUUACUAAGUUAUACCCAGUCAGUUUGCUGCCAUUAAUUGAUAAAAUCCUUUGAAAAAAAAAAAAACUUCUGAGACACCUACAUCUCUUUUUUGAAAGCCCCAAUGUUAAUUUUAGGUUCUGGAAAAAUCACUAUGCCAUCCGUCAGUGUCACAGAGUGGUAGACAUCAUCUAAUCCUCCCUUGAACAAAACGAAUGCUGCUCACCCCGAGUCCUAGACAACAAGCUUUUAAUAUAACACGCGGGCUUGUUGAGGAAACUCAAGAGCAUCUUUAUCUUAAAAUCUUACGAGUACAAAUCAUCCUUCUCCCCCAUUAUGGCAGAAGCAGAUGUUCCGCAAGGCAAUAUCCUUGGUCCCUUCCUACUCCUCAUACAUGCAAACAAUACCACUACCUUUUCAGCAAACUCAGACCCAUUAUUGGCUGUCAGAAAGCUCCAUCAUAUCUACCGUUGAGUAUAAUCAAGAAAUAGAGGAUUAAACUCAACGAAACGAAAUCUCAGCAAAUAACUUUCACCCUCUGCCGUAUCACCCACCAAACAACUCUUGUUUCCAUUACUAGCAACUAAUGUCAGCUAUUUGGAACUUUACACCAACAAAAGAGUUACUCGGAACCCCACACUUGACUCAAAAGUGUAUAACUAAACAGACAAUAUAAAUAUUGAAUUUUAGGUUCUGGAGAAACACUAUGCCAUUCAUCAGUGUCACAGAGUGGUAGACAUCAUCUCAUCCUCCCUUGAACAAAACGAAUGCUGCUCACCCCGAGUCCUAGACAACAAGCUUUUAAUAUAACACGCGGGCUUGUUGAGGAAACAGACAAUAUAAAUAUUGAACGGAAUUGAACUGUGGGGAUCAACCAGGAUUCCAACUCAUAAUGAAUUCAGUCAAUCCUUCAAACCAUUGACCAAACUUUUUACUUUGUAUCCAACAAACUGCCUGACACCCCGUUCACCUUUCUAGAAAGUAUGCCCCUUAGGUUUUCAGUUUUUGUUAAGAUCAGGCAAAAGUGCUGGCCGUUUCAAUUUUUCAAUACUCAAUACUUGCUCAAUCUUAGCAUUGUAUAUUGGGGCAUUGAAAAAUUGAAAUUCCUUUGCUCGAAUUAAAUGUAAAUUUUUUUUCUCAAGUGAAUCUUUACACUUGGGAGUACAUUUUCCUAGAAAAGAAGUGUAAAUUGCCUUUCCAUUUAAAGCCUACAUAUGCCAAAAUCAUUGAGGAACGACGACCUAUAUUGUGGCGAGAUUUUUUUUUUUUUUUUUUUUUUUA